AGUGGGUUUUGUGAUUUUAUCACUUGAUCUUUGUUGAUGGAUUUGAUUCUGAUCCGUUUAUCAGUUGACGUUUCCCGUUUUUCAUUUUGUAUUAGCUGACUUUUGGCUGUCUUUGUUUGGUGUGCAGUGUUUGGUAGCUCUUGUACAGCGAUGAGACUGAUUUCGCUAUAUUUAAAAACCCCGUUGCGAUAAUCGUCAUAGUACGGGCGUUGAGCUGGUCGAGGGAUUUCUGACUUUCACUCUGAAUAUGGAUGCAGAUCCGCCCAUGGAAUCGCUGGUGUCAGACGACGAGUCCCUUCCGUCUCCUGUUGCCCAUCCCGAUCCCCAGGAGGACCGUCUCCGCGAGGAUGAAGCGAUUGUCCAGAAGGAGCUGGAUUGCACCGACGGGACCGCCGUCAGCGACACGAGGGCGGGUGACGAUGCGACAACGCCGCAGCGCGACAGUCCCGCGUCCGCGUUGGGCGACGCCGUGGAACAUGGGGAUGACGGGGACCGGGAUGACACGCGCAGUCCCGCACAGUCACUGCUGUCCGAUCCCGCAGAUUGUGACAUGCCCGUGGAGGACAUGGAAGCGGAGCGUGUGAUGGCACAAGAGCCGGAUUGUAGCGACGGCGGCGUGGACCGUGACGACAUCACACCGAUGGACAGUAUUGCUCCGGAAUCCCCCCGGGAUGAUGCCAAUCCCGACUCCGCCGCGCCUUCCCCCAUGGCGGAGGCCUCCGUCCUCGCAGAAAGCGCUUCCCCCUCGGACGCCGCCGCUGUCGAGCCGGCGGAUCUUCGCUGCAUCAUCUCCAGCUGUCGCCAGUACAACCGCCCCCAUCCCGACGUCUACCCCUUCCCGCCGGCCGCCACACGGGCCCCGCAGCGCCUCACCUGGAUCCGCGCCAUCAACGCCAGUCCCAUCCGCAACCGCACCGUCACCAGCGCCUACCUGGACCACGACCCGUUGGCGGGCGUAUGCCCGCAGCACUUCCGCCCCGAGGAGCAGCUGUGGGAUGGGACGCUGCAGGCGGAUGCGCUGCCGACGGUAUUCGAGGGCCGCCCUGGUUACUGGGUGGAUUGUGUGGGCACCCAGUGCGCCGUGGCCGGCUGCCCGCUGACAGAGCUGCAUUUGACCAACGGCCUGCUGCCCCUCCGCCGCCCGGCGGCCCCGGCCCGGCUGCACUCGCCACCGCGCCGCUUCCAAGUCCAGCCCCCGGCCGGUUUCCUGCGCGGUCCCACCAGUGCCACCCUCAUCGACAAGACACACGACGAAUUCCGUUCGGAAGAGGGCAGGGUCACCAAGAAGAAAAAGAAACCUCCCCUGAAACUCAUCCUCCGCAAAUCCCCGCCGUCGCCGCCCCCCGUGGUGGUCCGCCGACCCAAAGCGCCCCCGUUAACCGACGAGGAGGAAGAGGAGUUCGCCGCGAUGCUGCGGGAAGCCCAGGGGGAGCUCUUGAUCCUCCACAAAGAACUGGACGACGCCGAGGACGCCCUGUUGACGGAGCAGGGCAAGGUGCAGCAUCUGCAGGGCCGGGUGGCGGCCUGGAUGCAGUUGCACUACAAACGCCAGGCCGAGGAGACGGAGCGGCUGCAGACGCUGGAUAGGCUGGCGGAGUUCUAUUUGCGCCAACUGCGCUCGGCCGAGUACGAGAAAUCCCAGUUGCUGGAGCAGCUGGACAAACUGCGCCCCGAGUGGGUCAAGGCCAAAACCGCCGUGGAGGCGCAGAAGACCCGGCUGGCUGUGCUGCAGACGAAGCAAGCCGCCCGUCUGGAGCAGGCCCUCCAAAAUAAAACCAAAAAAGAGCGGGCGAACAUGACCACCCUCGCCGGUGUCCGCCGCGAGCUGGCGGCCAGUAUCCGCGCCAACCAGCGGCAGCGCCGCGCCUACACGCAGUCCCUAACGUCGCUGGGCGUCCCGUUGCCGGCGGAGAUCAACGCGCUGGCCGAGGCCGGCACCGUCAACCGCCUGGCCUGUGCGACACCGCACAAGCUGUCGGUACCGCCGACACCGCUCCCGGUGGCGGUCCCCCUGGCGACACCAUAUCCGCCAGCGACGGCGCUGCUCAAUCCAGUGCACAGCGGCCGCAAACGCCCCGGGGAGGCGGGUGCCGUCGUCAAUCCGCCGGUGGCCAAGCGGAGGAGUUAUACACGUCGCGGUAAAAAAUCAUCCGGAAACUAAUUUUUAAAAAAUUCUGCUGCGUGCAAAAUUACGGGAAAUGUGGAGAAAAACAUUGUAAAAAAUCCGGAAUUUUAUUGGGGAAGAAAUCGCCCCGGAAAUAUUCCGGGAAACAGCGUGGGUCAAUUGAGCACAGUUUGUGCGAUAAAGAGCGAAUCUGAAUUCUUCCUGAAAUGUAUUAUUGGUUAAAAAAAUGGUUUUAUUCUUAAUACAGUUGUUGUAUAUUAUUUGAAUAAAUAAUGGAUAUUUUGUAUUUGUUUCUUUGCGAUCUCGUGUAGUUGGUCGUUUCAUGCGGUCUGCUUGCUCCUGCAGUGGGAAAGUGUUUUUAUUAUGUGUUUUUAUUAAUCAAAUUAUUAAUGAUGUGUUUUUUUUACGAGCGCGUUGCGGUGCGAAUUUCUAGGAAAGCCGC